CAGGAACACAGUGUACUUCAAACGGUGCUUGGGUUCGCCAUGGAGUACAAACGAGCCUUCCUGGUGCUGUGCCUCUUCUGCUUUGUCCAAAUCACCAUUCAACAGAAGAAGCAGAGGCAUACAACUAAACAAGCAGAUGUAGUAGUCACCCUGAAAAUGUAUGAGGAGCUGAAGAAGGAGGUCCAGGACCUUAAGCAGGAGAUAAACCACCUAAAGGAACAACAGUCAUUGCAGACAAUCUGUUUGAAGGGCACGAAAACACUCAACAAAUGCUUCCUGUCCAUCUCUGAACCAAAGAACUACCAUGAGGCCAGCGAUGACUGCAUUGCACACGGUGGAACCCUGAGUACCCCAGAAGCCAAAGAUGAGAAUGACUUUUUGAAUGAAUAUGUACGCAAGAGUUUAGGCAUGAGCUCUGAAACGUGGAUAGGCAUCAAUGACAUGGCAACCGAGGGUUCUUGGGUGGAUAUGACUGGCAGUCAAAUUUUUUUUAAAAAUUGGGAGACCAGAACAACCUUUGAGCCUGAUGGCGGCAAACAGGAAAACUGUGCAGCAUUGUCUGCAACGGCAGAUGGCAAGUGGUUUGACAAAAAUUGCAAAGCAGAACUGCCUUUUGUAUGCCAGUUUGCAAUCGUUUAGUUAACAUCUCUCUUAUAUCCUAUAUCACUUUAAAAAGUAAGUCCAACCAUAAUGGACAGUUUUGGAUGGCUGUUGCAAAAAUUACCAGCAUCCACCCAAAACUGAUUUUUUUUUUAUAGUUGUCCUUAAUCUACAAGCAUGCUUAGAGCGAUUAUGUAGCAAAAUCUAAAGACAAUCAGCUCAGUCACCUAAAAAAUGCAAAACUUCAUGCUUAAUUAAACUACACUUGUCAUUGUCACUGCUAGAUUUUAUUUAGACCCAGUCUUUAACUUGCUGACACAUGUAUUUAUUUACAUAUUCUGUAUUGUACAUAGCCUUAUGAGAGGAAAUGAUUAACAUUACGUGCUAUGUUAACUGUACCAAAUAAAGUCUUUCAUUUAUAUCUUCAUAUUA